UACACCUGUUCCUCCCUCAUACGUUUACGGACGGUUCCGUCUUUUGUCCGUUUUCUUUUUGGCGCCAUCCCGUCAUCGUAUCGAGUCGGUUUUUCGUCACGUACCCCCCACAUCCUCCCCAUUAUCCGUACAGUAUAAUAAUAUUAUUAAUCGAUCGUACCGAGUGCACGUGGUGAACACAAUACGUUUUUAAUCAACAGACAUACCUGCGCCUACCUAAAUCAAAAACGAGCAGCGCACGCCCCAUCGCCUGACGAUCCGUCGGAAUCAGAUUAAAGAAAAGUUUGCCAAAAAAGAAAAACGCUGAAUAGUUUCCACACAUUUUUACAGUUUGACAUGGUAGUAUUGUCUGUGGAAAUCUGAGUGAUUACAGGGGACUACGGGGACAUGUCGACAACCAGUGGCGGUAACACAAACUACGUGCAAGAGAAUUCGGUGACUACCUUAUACGACGGUGAUCGAACGGUUGUCAACCAUAGAGUGUCACCACCGUCUUCGUCCCAUGCUGAUAGUGGUUUAGAUAAUUCCUAUCCAGAAUCAUCCGCUGGUGACGCUAAACUCAUUAUAGACGUGCCCGACUUUUCCAGAGAAAUGGAAACACCUCGCACGGGUAUUGAUAACCCGAGCUUUGAGACUGAUAAAACUGAUGUACCAAAACCUAUUACUAACGGGCAUAAUGGUACCGUUAAUCAAGAAAAGGAUAAAAUGGCUGAAGCUGUGAAUUUAGAGUUAAUUAAUAUGAAACCGUUUGCUAAAAGCAUUAAUGGCAAAGAAAACGGAGUUCCCAAGAAAAAAAAAGAAACUGCCGUCAAUAUGAAUGAUACGUACGAUGAUUACUUUAUCCCUGUGAAUGAGCACAAAAAAUACAUUAGGGGUGGAGAAAAACUGUAUGUAACCAAAGAUAAACGAGAUAUGAAUCAAUCUAAAAAACCAUUUAUUUGUUGGGUCUUUGGCUUAGUAUUAUUAGCUGCUGCUGUCAUUGUCGCAAUCUUAGCGUCAACUGGUGUAAUAUUCAAUAACGAAACCGCAGUGGAGAGUCGAAAUUUCAUGGAGAACGAGAAAAUCGCUGGUUUUGGUAAUCACCAUGGACAUUUCUCAUCAGUCAGCCCCCCUCCUAGUAUAGAUAGCUCGAGUCCAUUCAGCCUUCCAACCACUGAUAUGUCAGGAGUGUACCUUCCUAGAACCGUGCAAGGUGAAAUUGUUAUCGACAAUAUGCAAUUUACUCCUGACUUAGCAAACAGAUCAUCUACAGAGUUUAUAACAUUAGCUAGUUCAAUAGAAACCGAGCUAAAAAAUGCUCUUUUUAAAAACCAACCAUUAAAUAGUGUUACUGAUGAUAUACAUAUUAAAGUUUUUGAAUUUUCUUCUGGAAGUGUUGUAGCUAAGUAUAGAAUAGGCUGGGAAUAUAAAGAUGACAGUGAACCACAGGAUCUCAUUGAUGCAGUUACUCUUUACACUCGAUUGGAUAGUUAUUUACGAGAGACUAAUGGAUUUUUAUACAAUUAUAGAGUUCCCAUCCAUAGAUUGCGCUCAGAUCCUGUUUUGGAUAAAUGCAAAAUAAAUAACGGAAAAUGUUCACAUUACUGUUCUUACGAUUAUACAAGUUUAGAUUUUGUAUGUUUAUGUCCGUCUGAACUCACCAUAAGUGAGAAUAUGAAAGACUGCAAACGAAUUAAUGUAAAUAAUGAUAAUAUAGAUGAUAUUAACGUUCAUGAUGAUAAGCACGAUGGAGAUUAUGAUUCAUUCCCGGAACUUGAACCUAGUUCGGUACCUGAAUCAAAAUCAGACGUAGAACCUGAAUUAAAGGCAGAACCUGAACCAAGUUCAAUACCUGAACCUAAUUCAGAACCUGAAGUGAUAGCUGAACCAGAACCUAGUUCAAAACCAACAAUAGAAGUAGCUGAAGUAGAACCUGAACAUGAGCCAAGUUCCGUACCUGAAGUAGAACCUGAACCAAAGCCAAGUCCAGAACCAGAAGCAAAAGCAGAACCACAUCCAAGUUCAGUACCUGAAGUCAAAUCUGAACCGGAACCUACUUCAGAACCAGAAGUAAGAGUUGAACCGCAGCCAGGUUUAGUAUCUGAGACAAAAGCUGAACCAGAACCUAAUUCAGAACCAGAAGUAAAAGCUGAACCGCAGCCAGGUUUAGUAUCCGAAACAAAAGUUGAACCAGAACCAGAAGUAAAAGCUGAACCAGAACCAGAAGUAAAAGCUGAACCACAGCCAAAUUUAAUAUCUGAAGUCAAAGCUGAACCGGAGCCAAGUUCAGUAUCUGAAGUCAAAUCUGAACCAGAGCCAAGUUUAAUACCUGAAGUCAAACCGGAACCUGAACCUACUUCCGAACCAAAAGUUAAAGCAGAGCCAGAGCCAAGUCCAGUACCUGAAGUCAAUGCUGAACCAAAGCAUAGUUCAGAACCUGAAGUUAAAUCUGAACCAGAGCCAAGUUUAAUACCUGGAAUCAACCCUGAACCCGAACCUACCUCAGAACCAGAAGUAAAAGCAGAACCAGAGCCCAGUUCAGAACCAAAAGUAAAUGCAGAACCAGAGCCUAGUUCAGAACCAGAAAUAAAAACACAAUCGGAACUUAAUUCAAAACCAGAACCGGUACCUAGCGUAGAACAAGAUUCAAAAGGUUCUAUUGAUAACUUUGAAUCGUUAUCAGAUGUCGACAUUAGUUCUGAAUCAGAUCCUGUUGAUCAAAAUAAUAACUCAUCUUCAAGUUCUUCGUCAGAAAAAUCAAUUUUAAAUAUUGAUCAAUCUGAUAGAGAAGCAAAAUCACAUUCAGAUGAAGUAUUCAGUCAUGAAAUCAAACCAGAAGUAACUUAUAGUGUAUCAACAGAAACUGAAUUUGAAGUAAAAACCGAGUCGGCAACUAAAGAGAAUUCUAAACCUGCAGAAAGUUCUGAAUCAUUACUUGAUAUUAACUUGAAUGAUUCAGAAGAAACCACUAUAGUUCCAUCUAUAACUGAAAACUGGUUGACUACUACUUUAUCUAGUAUUCCAAGUAUUCCUAAGUUACCUAGUGAUCUGGAAGUAACUGAAAAAGAAAAUGGAUCUAUGGAAGACAAAAUAAAGACAGAAGCUUUAGGUUUUGAACAAAUGGAAUUGAAAUCUGAAAAUAAAUCUACUAUCAUUGAUUUAAUAUCAGAAUCCCAAACUAAAAGUCCAGUUGAAGAAAUAACUGAAAUGCCAGAAAUAACUAUUUUAGAUAACGUAAAAGAUUUAUCAGGUGUAGUAACAGUUUCAACCAUAGAUGCAAGUUCAACUAUCAAAGAAAAUAUAAAUAUACCUAUGAAAGAAUUUGAAAAUAUUACAAAUGAACAUGUUACUGAAUAUAUUGACAUGACCACUAUGCCUUCAACGAUAGAUCAAGAAUUAAUUAAGCCAUUACAUAGUUCAGCAGAUCCAAAUUCUUUAGAAAAAAAACAUUCAGAUGAUUUGAUAACUUUAGAAAAAACUAGUAUACCCGACCCUACUAAAAAAUUACAGUCUUUAACAUCCCUGGAAGAUCAGAUGACUAAUUCCCCUCAUAUUGAAGUUUCAAGUACAUCUACAGAAAGUAAUAUAGACAAUUUCAACGAAAACAGUUCACCUGAUGAACAAGAUGCGAUUGAUCAAAUUAUAAAAAACUCAAGUGAAUCAAGCUUAUCAUCAGAUGUUGUUGUUGAUGAAAAUGAUAAUAUGAGUGCAUUAGAUUUAUACCAAAAACCAGAAUCAAAGAAAAAAGACAAGAAGACAUCCAAAAAUCCUGAAUUUUAUUUAUCUGAUACGGGAUUUACAAAAAGAAACAAAACAAAAACAGAAAAAGAAAACAAAAAAAAUAAUAAAUCUGAUGUCAUGGAAAUGAUGCCAGAAUUAUUUAAUUCCAACAAAUGUGAAGAAGGACAAUUCCAGUGUAUUAAUGGUACAACCAAAGAUGGUACAUAUUGUAUAAAAAUAUCUUCAAGGUGUGACACAAAUAAAGAUUGUACUGAUAACUCAGAUGAAAAUGACUGUGCCGAAAAUGCUUGUUCUGGAAAUUUCCAGUGUAAAAGUGGAGAGUGUCUACAAAGAAAUCUAGUCUGCAAUAAUAUAAUGGAAUGUGAAGAUGGCAGUGAUGAACAAUCUUGUGAUUUAUGGAAGUGUACCAAUGAUGAAAAACAAUGUAAUGGUGGUCAGUGUUUACCAGAAUCAUAUUUUUGUGAUGGAAAAUCUGAUUGUAAUGACCAUUCAGAUGAGCUACAAUGCAAUAGUACUUGUAAUGGGUAUCAAUGUUCUAACAGCUAUUGCAUUUCGAGUACUUUACGAUGUAAUGGAGUAAAUGAUUGUUCUGAAGGAGAGGACGAACAAAAUUGUGAAUGUAAUUCCAAUGAAUUUAAAUGUAAUACGGGCUCUGAAUGUAUUCCAAAAACUCAAGUUUGUGACAAUGUACCACAGUGUACAGACCAAAGUGAUGAAUGGCAAUGUGUUCAACUUGAUGGUGUUCAACUUUUUGCUAAAAAAGAAAGCGAAAUUGCUAUGAAGGUGUGCAGUAAUGAAUGGUCAGAAACUUGGAGCAAUUUUGUGUGUCAAAGUCUUGGAUUUACCGAAACAAAAACAACAAAUUUCCGACCGAAUGAAAACUCUACUGAAAACUCAGUAGGCUAUCUUAAGUUGAAAGAGAAUUCGACUUUAAAUAAUUCUAAGAGUCUAACAGAAUACCUUGAAGUAGCUUCAACGUCUUGUGAGACUGUGGAAAUUAAAUGUUCUUCUAAGCACUUGUGUGGAGAUUUUGGAGGUAAAGAUCCACUAUCAAUGGAAAUAUGGCCUUCUGUUGUCUACCUUCAUAACACAAAAACCCAUAAAUCUUGUACAUCUAGUCUUGUAAAACGGAAUUGGAUAUUAUCGUCUUAUAGCUGUGUACAUUCCACUGAUGAAUCUUUAUCACCUGAACAAUGGGAAGCAAUUUCAAGCAAAUCUCGAGUAGCCAAUGAACAGAAUUUAACAAAAAGAUCAGUUUCUAGGAUAAUUAGUCACCCUGGAGUGAAAUUCGAAAAAUUACGCUAUUUCAAUGACUCAGUGUUAGUAGAACUUAGCACACCGUAUGAUUUAUCAGAAGAAGUUAAUACAAUUUGUCUACCUGAAAAAGUUGUUGAUAACAAACAACCAUGUGUCACUGCCAGUUGGUCUUAUGAGUCUCCAGGAGUUUUCAAACAGUUUUCACGUUAUUUAUCCGAACCAUUAAUGCAAACAGAUUUGUGUAACUCAACAAAACACUUUAAUGGUUUCCUGACAGAACAAGAAAUUUGUGUUGCUUCGGGAGAAAUGGAAGCCAGUAAUAUGGAAAUUGGAUCACCAUUAAUGUGUUUGGCAGAGAACGGAUUGUGGCAGGUACAAGGCAUGCUCAGUUACCGAGGUGGUUACGGCCGAUCAUCAAAACCAUCGCUUUAUAACGCAAUUUUAGAAUCUGUACCAUGGAUAGAGAACACAAUAGCAUUUGGUGUAUAACAUGUUGUCUCUGCCAAUCCCCACUAAGGGACCAAAUGAUUAAUAUUAUAAAAGUAUUUAAUAAUAAUAAUGAAACGACGAUCGCUAUAUUAUUAUCAUCUAUAGUGUCGUAAUUUAUACUUUUUUUUUUAAAUGGGAUAUUAUAUUAUAUUUAUAUUAUAUAAUAUAAUGUUUUUGAUUUUUUAAGUACCUACUUUAAAUUUUUUUUUUUACUUAUGUUUUAAGAGAAAUUACUCAUUUAAACCUAUCUAAUUUUAUGGUAUAUUAUGUAUACAGUUAAUUAAUAUUUUAAUUCAUAGGCUUUUAUAAUACGGCAUGUUUUUGACACGAGUAUACAGCGAGUUGCCAUAUAGAAAUAUUAUUCAUGUCUGUAAAAUAUUAUCCGUCCAUUUAUUAUUAUUAUUAUUAUUUUGUAUUUUAUUAUUAACCAGUAUAAUAAUAUAUACGAACAUGUUCCUUCGGUCGACCGUUUACAUUGUUUCGUGUGUUGGACACGCGAUCAUAUUAUAAGCUUCAUUAGUUUCGUUUAAACGACUGUAUGUCAGUUGUACAACGGUCUCAUCAACGUAAACGCUCGUUAAAUCCAAAAUUAUAUCUUUUAUACUUGUUUGUAAUUAUUAUAAAAUUUUUGUAGUUGUGCUCAAGAAUAUUAUAUUUUAAUAUAUUAUUAUUUUAUAACUUUAUAAGUGAUGUGAUUUGUUUUAAAGUUUGAUACACUUUGAUGUAUCAACAUUUAUAUGUAUAUAUUAUAUGUAUAAUCAUAAAAUAAUACAUAUUAAUAUAUUAUACAGAACUACCAAUAUCAGUUAGAUUUUUCUAUAAAAAUAUACCCAAUA